GGAAGAACGCGACUCUUUCCGGGCUUCCCGGUCCAGGGAGAGACAGUAUCGAGCUACCCAGUCCCACACCUUGGACUCGCCUGGAGGAGCAGGACGCGUCGCCAUGGCGACACCGGAGGAGCUAGAGCGGUGGGUGCAGGAGGAGCUGCACUCGGUUCUGGGGCUGAGCGAGUGGUACAUCGCGCAGUUCCUGAUUCGCACUGCGCAGCGCUGCGCCUCCACCGAGGAGUUUGUGCAGCACCUGCGCGACACCGACACCCUGGACCUCGGCGGGCCGGCGCGGGACUUCGCGCCGAGGAUCUGGAGCAAGGUCCCACGGAAGGCUGUGGUGGAAAAGCCAGCUCGGGUAGCUGAGCGAGAGGCCCGAGCCCUGUUGGAGAAGAACUGUUCUUACAAGUUGUUGGAAGACAGCGAGGGUGGCGAGGAGGCAGUGGGCAGGGACGGGAGCAACCUCCAGAAGAAGCAGAAGAGACGGAAACACCUCCGGAAGAAACACCAGGAGGAGGAAAAUGAGAAGGAGGAGGAGAAGGAGGAGGAGGAAGAGUCAGGCAAGAAGACGACGGGGAGGAGUAAAUCACCCGCGGAGGAGAAGCCAGCCUCAGAGGAUGAGUGGGAGAGGACGGAGUGUGAGCAUCUCCAGGACUUGGAGGAACGGGAUGCCUUUGCAGAGUGGGUUCGGCAACGCGACGAGGACCGGACCCGGAAUGUCCUGGAACGGCCAGAUAAGAAGGCUUAUGAAGUGGCUCAGAAGCGACUCAAGAUGGCUGAGGAAGACCGGAAAGCCAUGGUCCCUGAGCUCCCUAAGAAGUCUCAUCGGGAAUACCUGCCAAAGUGGGAGCAGGAAAAGCUGGAGGACCUGGAGGUGGAACUGGCUGACAAGGAGGUCCUGUUUGGGGACAUGGAGCUGAGCCAUCACGAGUGAAGAGAGCUCAAGUAACAGCCAUGGCUGCGGGACCUGGCUCCGGAGUACCUGAGGGCAGCGGACGAUCAGGAGAACCUGGAGGCCACUAAUCAAUACCACAUGCCCAAAGACCAGAAGACAGGUGAGGGGGAAUCCUUUCUGCUCAUGGGUGAGCCAGCACGAGCUGAGGACAUCAUCGAAGAGGAAUAGGGUGCUCCAGGAGAGGAGCAGCGGUGCUGGGAGGAGGCCCAGCUGGUUGCUGUGUCCCUUAAGUUUGGGGCCUGAGAUGCUGCUGCACAGGAGCCCAAGUACCAGCUGGUGCUGGAGAAGCUGGAGACCAUCGAGUUUGUCCAUGAGGCUCAGCUCCAUGGUGACAAGGAGCCAUCGUCAGGCCCAACUCUGUCAGUCCAGGCCCAGCAGAAGGAGUCCAUCCAGGCUGUGCGCCGCAGCCUGCCAGUGUUCCCCUUCCGAGAGGAGCUCCUCCUGACCGCCAUUGCCAACCACCAGGUCCUCAUCAUCGAAAGUGAGAUUGGCUCUGGGAAGACUACACAGAUCCCACAGUACCUCUUUGAGGAGGGUUACACAAAGAAGGGUAUGAAGAUUGCUUUCACCCAGCGCCGGAGAGUGGCAGCCAUGAGUGUAGCAGCCCGAGUGGCCGGGGAGAUGGGUGUGAAGCUUGGGGAUGAGGUGGGCUACAGCAUCCGGUUUGAGGAUUGCACAUCGGAGCGAACUGUUCUCUGCUACAUGACAGACGGAAUGCUUCUCUGGGAGUUCCUCUCUGAGCCUGACCUUGCAAGUUACAGUGUGGUGAUGGUGGAUGAAGCUCAUGAGCGGACCUUGCACACAGACAUUCUCUUUGGAUUGAUCAAAGAUGUUGCUAGAUUCCGACGGGAGCUCAAGGUCCUGGUGGAUUCAGCCACACUGGAUACUGCCUGUUUUUCUGCCUUCUUUGAUGACGCCCCUGUCUUCCAAAUUCCCUGACACCCGUUUCCAGUUGACAUCUUCUAUACCAAGGCCCCAGAGGCUGACUAUCUGGAAGCCUGUGUUGUGUCAGUGCUGCAGAUCCAUGUGACUCAGCCCCCUGGGGAUAUACUGGUGUUCCUGACAGGACAGGAGGAGAUUGAGGCUGCCUGUGGGAUGCUCCAGGACCACUGCUGCAGACUGGGCUCCAAGAUCCUGGAGCUCCUGGUGCUGCCCAUUUAUGCCAACCUGCCCUCAGACAUGGAGGUUAGCAUCUUCCAUCCCACACCCCCUGGGGCCUGA